UUCGCUUCUCCCCGUCCGCCCGCCCGCCGUUGCGAGGCCGACCGCGCUUGGUUUCGCUUGAUUUCGGGGGUCGCGGGCGGGAGGGGCCAUGAAGAAGUUCUUCCAGGAAAUCAAAGCGGAUUUGAAGUUCAAGACGGCCGGCCCGGGCCAGAAGCUCAACGAGUCGCCUGGGGAAAAAUCCACCAAGGAAAAGCCCAAACCGGACCCUCCCAAAUGUCGCCAAGGGCCCACCAACGAAGCUCAGAUGGCUGCGGCUGCCGCCCUGGCCCGGCUAGAGCAGAAGCCCAAAGCUCGCCCUCUCUCGUCCCAGGAUGCCAUCCGGAAUCAGGUGAAAAAAGAGCUUAUGGCUGAAGCAGCUGCGAGUGAUAAGGGGAUAUCUGUGGAUCAGAAGAGUUCCUUGCCUGAUGUUGAAGAAGAUCUUUCCACACUGUCUGUGUCGGGUGUUUAUUUCACUUGCCCAUUAACUGGCGUCACCGUCCGAAAAGACAAAAGGGAGAUGCAGAUCAAAAGCGCCAUCCUUGAGCACACUGCCAGAGAUCCGGUGGCUGCAUCCAUCAUGGAGAUCCACACAUUCAACCGGGACCGGGAGAAGGUCAGACUUGGUGUGGAGACCAUUGCAAAGUACCUCGAUAAUAUCCGUCUCCACCCGGAGGAGGAGAAAUACCGAAAAAUUAAGAUGCAGAACAAAGUCUUCCAGGAACGGAUCCACUGCCUGGAAGGAGCAGACAAAUUUUUCCAAGCUAUUGGAUUUGAAAAGGUUGCCCUGGACAUCACAGGACAAGAAGAGGCCACAGAGGACUUCUACAUGCUGAAGGACAAAGUCUUGGAGAAGCUGGAGGACCUGGAAGAGUGCAAAGACAAACUGCUCAACGGUGAGCCAGUGCGGGCCCAGCUGGAUCGCCAGCUCCAAGUUUUCAAGCCCUCCCCGCAGGCCUCUCAUUUUGAGCUGCCCAGUGAUUUUUUCAACCUCACUGCAGAGGAGCUGAGACGGGAGCAGAGGAACCGGACAGACGCAGUUGAGAAGGCCUCCAUGCUGAGGACCAAAGCCAUGCGGGAGAAGGAAGAACAAAGGGAGCUGAGGAGAUACAACUACACACUCCUGCGCAUUCGCUUCCCGGACGGGUACAUCCUACAAGGAACAUUCUAUGCCCGAGAGCCCGUUUCAACUCUUUUCCAGUUUGUGCGGGAGGCUCUGCAGAAUGACUGGCUCCCGUUUGAGCUGCUGGCCCCCGGGGGCCACAAACUGACGGACGAGAGCUUGGCACUCAAUGAAUGUGGGCUGGUGCCCUCUGCGCUUCUGACCUUCGUCUGGGACGCUGACGUCAUGGCGGAUAUCAAAGCUUCAGGGAGCGAGCACGUGGGGAGCGUGCUGAAACCAGACCUGCUGCUGACCGUGCAGAUACUGUCCUGAAAAUAAAGGCGCAAUGGGGUUGGAUCCAGUUCCGUCCCGUGUGGUCCCCGGCUCCCGCCUGUCAGACGGAAGCCUUGCUCCGGUUCUCCCUGCACCUCGUCUUGCAGACCAGAGCAAAGGAUGCUGUUUCCUAGCUGGCGUUAGCGGCCUGGCGAGAGGGCAGCUGCGAGAACAGCCGAGGUGGCUUCCUGGCUUUGCACGUGGAGAUCUCAAACUGAUUUUACAUGUGUCGGAGGACAAGGGAUGUUUUUCCAGCACAGCUCUUCUGUUUAUAUUCUUUGUUGAAGUUUCGUCCGUUACCGCCGAAAGAGGUUUUCAUCUUUUUCUAGCUUCUAAGCACAUUUGGGGUAGGAAAAGAUAAAUGCUGCCCGAGCGAGGCCUAGCCCAUGGGAGCAUGUGAGCAUUUGCUAAACAAUUCCUGGUUGCACUGUCUGUCGGCAUUUGGGGCCGCCGGCGUUUCUGGCUGACUAUCACUUCACGAAGCACUUUGUCCGUAACGGAUUCUAGGGCUGGAGGAGGUCCUGAGUGGUGUUCACUUUUAGGUCAUAGAUAAGCUGUUGGCUUUACCAGAGAAGGAACGUACAUAGACUCCUGUAGCCAGUGAGGGUGCCGGUGCUCUUAAGCUGUAGGCUGCUGGAAAGAGUUCUGAACAAUCCAAAGCAGGGAAGAUUAGAAACUUAGCAGCAUCAGUCCCCUAGGAGUUUUUUCAGAUAUUUUUACUGUGUGAGCUGAGGCUGUUUUGUGGCAGCAACUGUCCCAACAGAUGCACGUUUUCAUAAAGGCCCUGCCUGUGCAGCCACUGACGUGAUGGGCUCCUGGGGGUGGGAGCAGGAUCAGAGGUGCAAGACUCUGUCCCGUUUUUAUGCUCUGUGCUGCUUUCUGCCUGCUUCCUCUGUUCAUUUGUAGCGAGGAAUAAGGAAGGCUCCUCUAGACCUUUAAAAGUUUAGAUUUCCGAUUGAUGCUGCUGGGGGGCAGGACGAGCAGGUAGUGAAGGGGUGAGGCCACAUAGCCCCCACUUUUAGGAGUCUGGGGCUAACCUUGUAUUUUGGGAUUUGUGGGUGGCUCUGCUCUAUCCAGUAGAGCCUCAUUUCAGCCAGCCAGUGCUCAACAGAGGUGGCUAUGGGGAGAUAAACACCAUAUUUAUAAUGUAUAAAGAUACACAUUAAACGGGGGUUAUUUUUAUCUCUCA